CUAGGUAGGCAUGUGGAAACCGGGUUCAGUUUGAAUUUGAGUCGCGACUGGCAAAGGUGGCCUCGCACAGAGGUAGAAAAUGCAGUUUUAUUGUGGAAUUUCGUACGUGUUACUGCUAGUGCUCGGAAGGGCCUUUGCUUCCAACGGUGAUGGUUCAACUUCGAACAUAAUUCCUCCCAUCUACCGGUAUGACGAUUUCGACAAGUGUCGCCAGGUAAACUCCCCUGGGGUGUUUUGCUAUGUUCGAGUGGUUCUGAAGUCGGACGUGGAUCCUAUUGAUUCAGAUCGGAUUGUGACGAAUUUUCGACGGAACCAGCUGGAUUGGGGAGUUUGCGUGGCGGAUUGCGAGAGAGAGCUGGCGGCGCUGGGCGAGAAUGAUCGGCAGCGGUUGUUUCAAGCGCAGUUUGAAAUCAAUCAUACGUACAUCUUUCGCAUGGACUACGCUCGGGAGAUUGUGGAACCGUUUAAAUUGAAAUACAGCAAACUGAUCAACGUAUGCGUCAACAGACGCCUCGAACGCAAUUACCAGCUUUCCCAUCGCGGCUACUCGGAGAUCGAAUAUUGCAUCAGCAAUGACCCGCUGGAGGCACGCAGCGACCUAGUUUCAGACUGGCUGACGGUGGUUUUCCUCACUAUUGUUGUUACAUUGGUGAGUACCGUUGUAGGAGCAAAUGCCGUCGAAUGGCUCGCGGGGGAUAAGCGAUUUAAAGAUCACAUAAUCGUAUCAUCCUUCUCGUUGCGACGAAACUGGAGUCGGUUUAUCAGGGAAACUGAAUCCGAAGUGUACAAGGAAUUUGGCUACAUAGACGGUCUACGGGUGUUCAUCAACAUCUACGUGCUGAUCAUUCACUGUCUUUUGGUAUUCGCUGUACUACCCCUAACAAACCCGGAGGCAGCAGAACAGAUGAUUCAGAGUCGUUUUAUGGUGAACUUUGCCUCGACGGCGCCCCUCUCCGUGCAGACUUUCUUCGUCAUCAGUGGAUUGCUGCUGAUGGUAAACUUUCUAAAGGACAUAGAACGUAGACCGCAGUUCAGUGCUGAAUACUUCCACACGAAGAUCAUCAACCGGUGGCUUCGGAUACUUCCGGUUUACUAUUUCUUUCUGCUGCUAGCCGUGGUGGGUCAUGCCAUUCCUGGGCUGAGGCUUGGUCCAUUGGGAUACCUAACGCUGAUCACCGAGCGGAACAUCUGCCGUGAUCGUGCAUGGUAUAAUGUGUUCUUCGUAAACAAUCUUCCGUUGACCGAUGAGCGGUGCUUUCUUCAUGGGUGGUACUUGGGAGCAGAUCAGCAACUAUUUAUGAGUGCAUUGGUAGUGUUGGCCGUUAUCUGGAAGCAUCCCAAGAUCACGAAGCCUUUGCUGGUGGCACUACUGGUCACUUCGGUUGCUCUUCCUGCAGGAUUGAUCUAUCAAUUCGGACUGGAAUCGGUUUUACCUCUCAGAUUAAGUGAUUUAAAAUUCUUGCUGUCGUAUCAAGACUGGUUCAAACACAUCUAUUCACCCUCAUACACGAACGCAAACAGCUUCAUCGGUGGAAUGAUCGUUGGGUAUCUCUAUCACGAAACGAAACGUGGAAGACUAAAUUUAGACGAUUCCAAGCUUUUCAAACUCUUAAGGAAAUUGAUUUUCCCCAUAUUGGUGCUAGGACUGCUGUCAUCCUCGUUGUUCUACGAGUAUGAACAUUCCCGCUCAUCGUGGUGGAUUGUACUCCAUUCGGUUCUGUAUCGCAACUAUGGAGUGAUGGCUGGGUGUAUGCUCUUCAUUCAUUGCUUCCGAAAUCAACCAGGUUCCAUCCGAAGGUUUCUAGCCUCCCGGCCGAUGACCACCUUGGGUAAACUGUCCUACAGCGUGUACGUACUGCACGUUCCUUUGGUUCGGCUACUGGUCAACUAUCUGCCUGGUAUGCCUGAAUUGUCGGUAUAUCACAUUACGCUCCUGUUGAUGGUUCUAGUUGGGCUUUCCUACGCUAUGGGAAUGGUGGUGUACUUUUGCCUGGAGCAACCGGCUAGUUUAAUUCUCAAAUAUUGGUUCAUUGAACGACGCAAGACUAAAGUGGUGUGAUGGAUUCGGGUUUUAGAUGGUUGGUUUAAGUCAA